CUAUUAGCCUCACUCUAUCGAAUUAAAAACUGAAAAGAAGAUUUCGAAUUCAGGCCUAAUCUAUCGUGUUCAAAAAGAAUAAGAGUAGGAACUUCCUUGUGCUUCAUUUUUACUCAAUGAUAUAUUCACUACUUUGAGAAUUAUCAUUACGUCUUGUGUUAAUUCUUUAUGCAUUCGAAGAGAGGGGCCUUUUGUUUUCCUUUCGUUAGCCCAUGUUGUGCCGGAUGAAAAAAAUGUACAUAAAAGAGCAAGGGAAAUAAGCUGUGGAGUGAAUAUGCGCAUGCGCUUUAGUGAAGGGAAGAACGUCAAGCAAUGCGGAAUGAUCCGCAUACCAAGAGAAGUGUCCGGCUACAUUGAAUGUUCAAUUGCCUUCCGUUGAUACAAGACGCUUGCAAAUUUUAUUACGGAACAUUUGGAAAGAAAUAACAAGUGAAACGUUCUGACAUUUACUUUUGGGGGUGUUGAAUUGAUUUCCGAGUUCAUGUCAACGUGUACCCGAAACACACCGGCUGCUUUGAUGGCUUCACAUUUUUUCAAAUUCAAUCCGGCCAACGCCAAACGAAUUGACAUGCGGACGGACACCAAUGCGGAAUACAGAAAAAGUGCUGGGCUGACUACUCCGCAAGAGUGCGGAGGCUGCGGUAAAUUCAUCACUGAUCGGUACCUUCUACAAGCAUUGGAUCUUUACUGGCACGAGGACUGUCUCAAAUGCGGAUGCUGUGAUUGCCGAUUAAGUGAAAAUGGAUCGACACUCUACACGAGAGCCAAUUUGGUACUCUGCCGACGUGAUUAUUUAAGGUUGUUUGGUACCACCGGCUACUGCGCGGCUUGUGGCAAAGUCAUCCCGGCUUUCGAAAUGGUCAUGAAAGCCAAAGGGAACGUCUAUCAUCUAGAAUGUUUUGCCUGCCAAAAUUGCAACCACCGAUUCUGUGUCGGUGAUAAGUUCUACCUCUGCGACAACAAAAUUCUGUGCGAAUAUGAUUACGAAGAACGAUUGCUUAUGACCAGCCUCGAGUUCCCUAACAAACGAUCGUCUUUACAGCCACAACAGAGUUCUAAUCAGUCAACAUUAUUAUCUCCUGUGUUAUCUGCGGAUUGCUUUUCUAAAUGAGUUUUCUACGACUUAACUUGAAGUUGUUCGAAUGCUUCUAAAUUGUACAAAUAAAAUUUUCCUUAGGACUGAGAAAAGAAGUAAGUUAAGC